AUGGCCCCCUCCCUAGAAGCAGACACCGACACGGAAAUCCAACAAGUCCUGACCAACCCCCAAAAAGCCACCCCGCAACUCGUCGCCCCCGAACCCGAACACUGCCCCGGCCCGGACUCCGCCGCCGCCGGCACCGCCGACUCCUGCGCCGGCUGCCCGAACCAGAAAGUCUGCGCCGCCACCGCGACCCAGGGCCCGGACCCGGACAUCCCCCUCAUCGCCGCCCGCCUGUCCGGCGUCGCCCACAAGAUCCUCGUCCUCUCCGGCAAGGGCGGCGUCGGCAAGUCCACCUUCACCACCCUCCUCGCCCACGCCUUCGCCACCAACCCGGAUUCGUCGGUGGGCGUCAUGGACACCGACAUCUGCGGGCCCUCCAUCCCCAAGAUGCUCGGCGUCGAGUCCGAGACCGUCCACGUCUCCGGCGCCGGCUGGUCCCCCGUCUGGGUCCUCGACAACCUCGGCGUCAUGUCCAUCCAGUUCAUGCUCCCGGACCGCGACGCCGCCGUCAUCUGGCGCGGCGCCAAGAAGAACGGCCUGAUAAAACAGUUCCUCAAGGACGUCGAGUGGGGGCCCCUCGACUUCCUCCUCGUCGACACGCCCCCCGGCACCUCGGACGAGCACCUCUCCGUCAACACCUUCCUGCGGGACUCGGGCAUCGACGGCGCCGUCGUCGUCACCACCCCGCAGGAGGUCUCCCUCCUCGACGUCCGCAAGGAGAUCGACUUCUGCCGCAAGGCCGGCAUCCGCGUCCUCGGCCUCGCCGAGAACAUGGCCGGCUUCGUGUGUCCCAAGUGCACGGGCCAGAGCGAGAUCUUCCGCGCGACGACGGGCGGCGGGCGGGCGCUGGCGGAGGAGAUGGGGGUCCCGUUCCUCGGCAGCGUGCCGCUGGACCCGAGGAUCGGGAUGGCGUGCGACUACGGCGAGAGCUUCUUUGACAGUUUCCCGGAUAGCCCCGCCUGUCUGGCGUUCAAGGACGUGGUGAGGAACGUGAGUCGGCAGAUGGGGCUGGACGAGAAGGAGGUUUUGCCGGAGUAG